GUGCGUUCAGGCUGCGCGGUGUCGGAGCGAAACCACCAGGGUUCCCGCAAUAAACAGAGGGGACGCAGAUUUACCCGCACACACACAGUGAGAGAGAAAGAGAGACGAUAGAAAGGAGAGAAAGAGAGCGGCGGAUGUCGGAGCAAAACCAAAGAAAAGACAGUCCAGCGUAAAAAAAGAGAAAAGCUCUCGCUUUCCUUUCCUCCCUCAUCCUUUUCCUGCUUUGCCAUCAUCGCCGUGGACAGGUGCACUUAUUGAUAUGGAUUUAUUCAUUUAUUUAUCCAUUGAUUUUUCUCUAAUUAGUGACCCGCGGUAAAGAAAGAAGGAGCGAAAGAGCGGAGGGGAGGAGAGGGAGGAGCGAAAGUCAGACAGGAGGUGCCUGCGUAGCCUUACACUUUAUUAUUUCAUUAUUUAUACCUUCUUCUUUUUUAUUAUUUAACCAAAUGAUGUUUUUGCGUGUUAUGUUUGCGCCGCAUUGAGUGCGUGUUUUCUCCAGCGGACCAGCCUGCAGCUACUGACCAAAUCUAAACCAGAACCAAAAAUAAAAAAAGAAGAAGCAGAAAGAAGAACUCCAAUUUUUACGCAGUUUUUUCUUCUUCCACGCCGAGGACUCGCCAGUGGAGAGUGUUUGUUUUUAAGACUUUUCAUGAGAGAACAGGAGCAGAUAUAUUUUCAUUCUUCACUCCUAAACCAAAGCGGGCAGAAGAGAGGCGGACAUCAUCAUCAGCGGCAGCAGCAGUAGAGAGGCACUGCGAUCUUUACGCACAGCUGUUCUGGAGCCACUACAUGGAGUCUGAGAGAAGCUGAGAAGAGAAGCACUAGAUUCACAUGGAUGCAGUCAUAUAACUGAUAUCAUCUACUAUCCUGCAGCCACAUGGAUGUCCACUGCUAAAUUUAUUUCUCUUCUCCCAAAGACAGUCGUCGCUGCGCGUCCUGCACAUCUUCUUGUGACCACGCGCGUGUGUGUGUUUGACUCAGUGAAAAGGACCAUAAUAUCCACCUGUAUCCAAAGCUUUAAAUUAUUUUUCCAAAAAACAGAGAUGUGAGUCAGUUCCACGAGAGGAAAAUCAAGCCAAAUACUCGGUCUCUCCUCCCUCUCUCUCUCCAAACCUUCCCUGCGUCUCCACACACCUGGGAAACAAACGCGAAGAAAGCCAGAAGAACCACGGAUGAGAGAGGAAGAAAAGUGAGACUAAAAUAAAAGAAGAAAACCAAAAAAACCGACGACCCCCAGGUCGACAGAGGACCAUGUUUGUCCCCCUGCCGGUCCCCUUCGUCUUUCAGAGAACAGCGUCCGACUUCAGCGCCUGGAGACUCAAGUCCUCGCUGGCUCCGCGGUCCAGCCCCGAUAUCAGGAUGUCUAAAGCAGCAGAGGAGGAGAAGCCUGGGGCUGAUUAUCCAGGGGACAGUUCAGACUCGGAUAGAAACAGCCCUGAUGGCCAGGUCCAGCCAAUGAAAACCGGCCCCUUUAGCCUCUCUCCAACACCGGCUGGCAGCAAGGUAAAACAUGAGGAGAGCUCUGAGAUGACCCACAUCACUGUUCCUCCUCCUGCUAUUCCCUCCCAACAACAACAACAACAACAACAACAGCAACAACAACAGCAGCAGCAGCAGCAGCAGCAACAACUACAACAGCAACAACAGCAGCAGCAGCAACAACAGCAGCACCAUCAUACACAGCUAAUGCUGGCUGGCAGUCAGCUGGCAGGGCUUGCCGCUCUCCUCCCAGCCCAGCAGCAGCUGCUCCUCCAACAGGCUCAGGCUCAGCUCCUGGCAGCCGCUGUUCAGCAGUCCAAUGCGGCCCACGCUGCUCAUGCUGCGCAUGCCGCCGCGCAGCAACAAGCCAACCAGCAGCAGCAGAACCAGUCGCAGUCACAGCAGCAGCAGCCAAUCAAGCAGGAGCAAACCGUCCAGGCUCCACAGCUGGCUCUGUCACAGCCAAUCCAGCUCACAGCACAGGACAUCCAGCAGCUGUUGCAGCUCCAGCAGCUGGUUUUGAUGCCUGGCCAUGCUCUCCAGUCUCCGGCCCAGUUCCUCCUGUCUCAGCCUGCACAGGCACAGCAGCAACAGCAGGGUUUGCUUUCGACACCAAAUCUGAUCCAGCUACCUCAGCAAAACCCUGCAGGACUUCUGACAACACCACCUCGCCUGAGUCUCCAAGCACAGAGAGAGAAGAGCAGUGAUGUUGUGAUGGCUAGAAGCAGCAACAGCAGCAGCGGCGGCGGUGCUUCUGUGGUUGUGACCGGCAGCAGCGGCGUUGGUGUGGUGACAUCUGUGGGAGGCACAUCUGCAUCUGGCAGCACCAUGGCCUCCUCGCUGAGCUCCGGCUUGACCCCCGGAGGCCUUGGAGGGCACCUGGGGGAAGAGCCCAGCGACCUGGAGGAGCUGGAGCAGUUUGCCCGCACCUUCAAACAGCGACGCAUCAAGCUGGGGUUCACACAGGGAGAUGUCGGUGUUGCUAUGGGAAAACUGUACGGCAACGAUUUCAGCCAGACCACCAUCUCCCGCUUUGAAGCGCUCAACCUGAGCUUUAAGAACAUGUGCAAGCUGAAGCCUCUGCUGGAGAAGUGGCUGAGUGACGCAGAAACUAUGGCAGUGGACAGCAUGCUGCCCAGUCCCUCCUCCAUCUCCUCCCCUCUACACGGACUGGAGGGUUUGCCCGGCCGACGCAGGAAGAAACGCACCAGCAUCGAGACCAACGUGCGAGUGGCCCUGGAGCGCAACUUCAGCACGAACCAGAAGCCUACCUCUGAAGAGAUCCUUCUGAUGGCGGAGCAGCUCAACAUGGAGAAGGAGGUGAUCCGCGUUUGGUUCUGCAACCGCCGGCAGAAAGAGAAACGCAUCAACCCCUCCUGCAGCACCACCCCUCCUCUGCCCAGCCAGACUUCACCCAUUGUGACGCACAAAACCUCCUGCUACAGCCCGCACAUGAUAUCGAGUCAGGGUCUGUCCCAGGUCACCACCAGCCUCAGCACAACAGCUGCCAGCUCAUCACCCACAGCAUCGUGCCCCAUGACACCUGUCAGCUCGGCUGCAGUCGGCUCCACCUCUUCUUCUGUGACCCCGCCUCCUCAUAGCACAGCCAGCCCCGCCCCUGCCAGCCUCGGGGUCCACGGGCUCAACACUGGGAACACAAUGAUGGGAGUAAGCACAGGGAUGAACCAGGCUCUCAUUGGCAGCAAUCCCCUGGCUACAAUGCAAGCUCUGGCAGCCAGCAGCGGUCAUCAGCUGUCCCUCUCCAGCCUGGAGGCAGGAGCAGGUCACAUGCUUCUGGGUGGACAUGGCGGUCCUGCUGUCGCCGCCUCCCUCCGCCCUUCCCUCUUCCUCAACCGCCCCACUCUCCUCCCCAUGGUGACCGGCUCCAUGGCAACCGCCUCCACGGCCACCAUGGGACUGGUCAGCAGCAGCAGCGGUGGUCUUGGCGGCACCAGGCUCUCCUUCUCCCAGUCUCCGCCCGCCGGUGCCAGCGUUGACCUCAUGAGCCCGACCUCUUGCCCCGAGGAGUCUCCGUGUUCGAGUCCCGCCUCUUUCUGUUCCUUCAGCGAAGCCUCGCCGCCGCCACUGGGUGGAGCCAUGGCCGAGUGAUUCCUGACUGACAGCCAAAGUAUCCUAUCAGAAGAGGAGGACAGGGAGGAGCAAAGAGGGCGUUAAAGGAGCUUUAAAAAUCUAAAUUUACAAACUCGCCUUUCAACCAAAGCCAUCUCUCUGUCUGAUCCAUCUGUGAUUUCCUCUCUCUCUCCCCGCUGACGUCCUCCGAAGCCAAAAAUAUACACAGAUGAACGCGGGGAGCAACGAGAGAGAGAGAGGAUGGAGAGAAUAGAGAGAACUGCAGAAUGGAGGGGAGAAAUCUGAAACCAAAUAAUGAUCUACAGCUGGAGACGUGGCACUGAGGAGUGUUGUGUUUUUUUGUUUUGUUUUUUUUUGGCAUCAGGAGGAAACGAACACCACGCCUUUUUACGGCUGGAGAAGAAGAAUAAAAAAAAAACUCGGAUGAGGGCAGGGAUGAGACCUGGAACUGUGUGUGCAAGAUGGGAGGCAAAAAAAAAAACAGAAAAGGAAAAGACUUGUUUAACAAGCGCAGAGGGUCAGGAAGUUGGCUGCAACCAAAUUUUUAAAGAGAAAGAAAGAAAAGAUGCUCGAGGAGAAACACACACCUACAAAGAUGAAAACCAAAAUCUCCAAAUACCAAAAACUGAAAACCAAAAAAAGACAAAAAAAAAACAAUAAACGGAGAGAAAAGCUUUAGUUCAAAAAGACUUUUACAUUCUGAUCUGUCCAGGGUCAGUUCACCACUUCAUACUACGUCAUGCCAAACAUUCUCCAUUUCACUCAGGAUUUCUUUUUUGUUUUUUUGUCUUAUUUUCUUUUAGCAAAUAGUUUAGUGUUUCACAGCUGAUCACACAUGCAGGGUAAAUACCUACCUCUCUCUAAACAGCUUUACCACCAUAAGCCUACCUGUCAUGACAACACUGUGUUCGCUUUAUUCAGCCUGGAGUAGCAGACGGGUGGAGUUUACCACUAUAAUCAAUAUAAUGUCAGGUUAAGAUGCCGAUCCUCACGUACUUGUCGUAUAAAUAUAACUUUACAAAGCUUUACCAUGUAUGCCUCAGAUCUGUGGUAUUCAUUCAUUCAAAUUAUGUGGCAGAAUCCACUCGUCCGGCACAUACACAGGUUAAAAUCAACUAUACACGUGGGAAAAAUCUGAUUUUGAUCGUAUUUUUUAAGUUAAAACUGGUCAAAUUAGUUUUGUGUGAAGCUGUUUUUGUAUUUCACCACCAUUUUUUUAAUUUCUUAACACUUGCACAGUAUUUAUACUGUCGACAAAGAGGAAAAACACCCCGCACACACACAGAUGUGGGGGCUUUUCAGUAUUAUUUGCCUUUCUUUUAUUUAUUAUCACCCCAUACCAUUGUCAUGUCAUUUUCCAGACCGCUCAUCUACCACCAGACAGUCACUCUUGGAUACCAAAGCAUCGCCUCUGGCAGCGUUGUCUCUGGAUUUGCCCGGGAGACGAGUGUCCAGACAAAACCUCAGCAGUGUCAAAGGGAGAAGGAAAUACACACAUAUAUACACACACACACUCACACACACACACACUACAGGCAUAAGAAAGACUCCAAACCAAAAAAAAGAACAAAAGAAAGAGGUGAAGCACUGGCGUUCCCCUUACUGCCCCCAAACCCCUGCCCUCCAUCCCUCCCUCCCAUCUGCCCCCAUCCUUUGUCUCCAAAGAUCACAUGAAAGGGCCAAAAUGGUAGAAGAAGAAGAAGAGGAGAAGGAGAAGUGGUCAGGAGCAGAGGAACCAAAGGUUUAAAAAGCUGCAGGGGAAAGAAAGAAGAAGAAAAAAAAAGGAGGAGGAGCAGGAGGAGGUAAAAACCAAAAAGUAACCCAAAAACCAAAAGCUACUACUACUGCUAUGUAUGAGUGACUGAACUGUAACUAAACCAAAUACAAACAAAGAAGGGGAGAAGAGGAGGGAGUAAGGCCGUGUCUGUCCGUUUGUCUUUAACUGUGAUUGCCGUUCUCGUAUCGACAGACAGAAAUCGUUCCCUCCCUCCCUCUGCCGCCCACCUCGGCUUUGUUCUCACUUUCUUUUCUUUCUUUUACCUGGAUGGAUAAAAAUAUGGAAUAACCUCAACGAAAACUGACUUUGAGAGUAUAUAUAUUUUUGUUUUUGCUUUCCAUAGUGUGUCUGUUAACGAUGUAUGGAUUUGUCUCAUUGCUUUCUACUUAUUAAGCGGCGGGCGGGAAAGAGGGAGGCGGGUGGCGGGGGCCGGGGUAACGGGUUGCCUAUUUUCAUAUCUUCUUGUCUCUUCGGUUGUGCUCUGGGUUUUUAUUCCACUUCAGUUAAGUUCGGACAUAAAUGUGAAAAUGUAGCUUCCAAGAUUUAAAAAUAAUAAUAAUCCAGAGUGUUGUGUGAAAAAGCCAAAACUGAAAACCAAAACCAAAACCUUUUAGACCGUAUGACCAAAUAGAACAACCAAACCAAUGCACAAAGAUGUAGGAGUGUGUGUGAGUGUGUGUGAAUGUGUGUGUGUAUGUUUACAUACCGUAUAUGUAUCAGAGCGUGUGAUUGUGUCAGUGUAAAGAUAAUUCUUACAAACCAAAUAACAAACCAAACCAUAACAAAAUGACACACUCUGUCAGUCGAUCUGCUUGUUUUUUUUUUACACAGUUCAGAUAUAAACGCUGGUCAUUUUCAGCCUGGACCUGUUUUUAACACAGUUAUCACAAAUUUACUGAAGAAAUGUCAGAAACAAAAUCUACAGCUAAAUAUUAUCUGACAACACAUUACAUAUGAAAUUAGUUCCUCAAAGGAGUACGAGCAAAUAAGCAUUUCUAAUGUGUGUUUCAUUCUAAACAGUGCAGUACUGACGACUAUUGACUAAUUUACUCUUUUUCUCUGCCAAUUAAUGGCCUCCAUGCACUGGAUGUUCACCAUUAUGCAUGUGCACAAUAUAAACAGACAGGAAAAUAAAUCUUAUUUACUGGUCAAAAAACUUUAAAAAGAAAUCAACAUCCAUGGGAUUUGUAAGGCAAGUUCCAAGUUGAUAUCCUCACAGUAAAUAUGUUCAGAAAGAAAUAAAAACCAGUAGCUGCACAGUUAAUUUAAAAUAUAACUAUUAUUUAACAGCUGAUCACCAGCAAAUCAUGUUUGCUGUGGUACAAACUCACUUCCACAGACCAAACCACUUUAAAACAAGUUUUAAAACAAGUUUCAAAGUGGCUUAUGUGACAAACACUGAUGUGAGGGGAAAAAACAGGCCCAGGUGGAAACCAGACAGGAUUACACUGCAAUAUACACGGACACAGGUGCUGAAGGCAACCAGUGAUGAAGAUGAUAUGGGGAGGGGGGAGCAGAUCAGGUCUGAGACGGAUUAAAGCCUGUUAACGUAAACUUUUAGAGGGAAUGUAUCCAUUAGUUCUGAUAGGUUUUUUGUAGGGGAAAAUAAUAUACAGUAUGUUAAACUGCUCUUACAUGUUGCUGAUGUAUAAAGAGGCUGGGACUAUUAUCCUCGAUGAUGAUGAUGAUGAUAACGACCGAAGACGGUGACUUGAUUUAAGAACCAAAAGCUUUAAACUCUUUUAUCUCUCACAGGCUCUUUGUUGGUUAAAAAAAAAAAAAAAAAAGGUAUUUGUAUUUAUUGUAUACGGGAGGUGUGUGUGCUUUUUCGGGGGAUGGGGAAAAAAAGUGGGUCCGUUUGUAUUUUAUGAACUUCUUUGUCCCUCAUGUUGUUUGUUUUAUUUAUUGAUCCCUUAUUUAUGUAUUUAUUGGAUGAUUCUAUUUAAGUCUUUCUUUGUAAUAGUUUUUUCAGGGGGGGAGGGGGGUUGUUGUGAGGCUUGUGUCCGCAGAGAGGGGUGUUCUUGAGAUCGAGACGAGAAGAGAAGACGCCAAACGAAUGUUUUCAAAGCAAAACCAAACCAUAAGACUGUUGUAAGCAGAGUCCUGGCAGGGAAACUGUGACGGGGGAAAAAUGUUGCUUGUAAAUUAACUCUGUGGGGGGGGGGGGAACACACAGAAUUUGGAGAAUGUUCUAAGGAUUUACAAUAUUCGGUCAAUGGCGUUUACUUUUCCACAGGUUUUUAUUUUGUAGCAGGGAUUUCCCAAGGUGCUAGUUGAACUGGCUAGCUCUUCAUUAGCACAAAGUUAGCUAGGCAUGUCAGUUUAGUGUCGACUAAAUUACUCAUUUAAACAUUGUUAAAUUAAAACACACUGAACCACACAAUAUCUUUCACAUGGAGGUUAGCUGUUAAUAUUUCCACCUGCUAACUGACAGUUUAAUUGGAAUUUAAAGAAUACGCUCUUAAUGUUGCUUUACUUUAUGUUAUGUCAUGCUAACGACUAGCUAAACACGACUAGCUAAGUGGCGUUAACGUUCAACCAGAUUUCUUUUUAAACUGCGUGAAUACAACUAAUUACAACAGAUAUACAUAUAGCCUUUUAAAAGCAUUUGUUUUCACUUGUUUUUACAGUCUCACUGUGAUGUCAUAGGCUACCACUGUAAUUUUGGUGCCAGUACAGAGCAAAUUGGCAUAUUAUGAAAAUAUUUCAUGUCUAAAACUACCUAAAAAAAUGGAAAAGCAGUAAGAAAUAACUUAAUGACACAUAUUAGCACAUUUAUUUAGCUGCUGCUGCAGCCCCGUACAGGUGGAUUAUAUUCAUAGCCUCAGGACAUUUAUGUAGCAUGUGUCACCUGAAAGUAAACUUAACUGACUGAAAUAUUAGCUGUCUAACCCUGUUCAGUUUCACACGCUCAAACUGGUAAGUGGUUAAAGUGAUUCUUCUUUCCCCCCCGUGCUUUAGUUUACAAAGCAACAUUUGUGCGUGAACGUCCUCACGUCACCUCCUCUGCUCUCUAAAAAGCUUUCUUAUUCCCUCUGUUCCACUUCAGGACGAGGCUUUUAACUCAUACCUCUGAUACUAACUGAUAAAAAACCAAAUAGAUAUUCAAGCUUUAAUGAUUUAAAAAUAAUAAAAAAAAUAAAAAUAAAAAAAAGAUGAUGUGACAUGUUUGAACUCAGGAGUGGGGGGUGUAAAACUGGCCCUAGCAAGUUAGUUUAACGAUGGAAAAACAAAGAUUUUCACAAACUAGUCUUUCUUACCGGCUUAAACCUAAAGAAUACACCACCGCGUCUUCUCCUGUUUGCUGUUUGGAGUUCAGGACGGUGUUGUAGAGACGAGGGUGUGUGUUUAUUCAUCACUGCUGUCAGAGGAAACUGUUUAAAACCCAGGUUUUUGUGGGGGGUUUUAAACUAAAAAAAAAACAUGCAUGGAUGUCAAACUUAAGAAAAAUAGCCACUUAUAUUCUACAGAGUUGUGGGUUAUUUUGGCUCUGACAGCAGUGCAGCUCUGACGUUACGUGUGUGUGAAGUCAGAUUCGUCUGUGGUGGACAGAGAAUGAUACCAAAGUUAACACUACCACAGUGAAACACAACACGACACACACUCUAGACAGACACACACACACACACACUCUCACGGUGGUUUCAUGUGUAUAUAAACAUUCAGGAUCCUCAUUAGGGACUGUAACUGAUGAAAUAAAGGAUAUCCAGCGCCUGACAUUAGUAUUAAAAUACUGUCAGAUUAUAAAAGCACUUCAGGCCUUGAAAGUUUUUUUGUUUUUUGUUUUUUUUUAACUGUAGUUCUACUGUGGCUGUGAAUGUUAAUUUUACUUCUCUGCUCAACCUUUCCAAGUCACCAUUAAGACAUAAAAUCCUUUUUUUGGCUUCGAGAACACAAAAUGUAAAACCUUACAACAGAGAGUAGGAGGGAAACAAAAAAAAGAGAGAAUACCUUCAGUCGUUAUUGUUUGCCCCAUAUUGUUUUUUAAUUUAUUUACUAGAAAUUUAAAAGAAAAAAGACGACUUAUCAUUUCUAUUUUUUCUACAAUGCAGCUUAAAUCCAAAGGUUAAGAGGACAGCAAAGAUAAAUUUUACUGCUAAAGAAAAAAGAACCUCAAUAGUGAAAACCAAAGAGUUCCACUGUAUCUUCUCACCUUGAUUAUUAUGUUUUAUUUUAUCCGCAUUGUAUGACUCCCACAUUUUUACGAUGGCCCCGAAAGUGUUCUUUUACAUAGCCUAAUGAUAACGAUGGUGGUGGACAUAAGUAAUGAAGCAAACACUGCUCUGUAAGCUUUAGUAUCUGUUGUUUUUGGGUCAUUUCUGUUUUGAAGUAUGCCUACAUGAAUAUGCUGUUUUUUGACCUCGAGGCUCUCUCUGUCUAAGUUGAUUCUGUUGAAAACGUUUGGGUUUGAAACUGUUCUCUACUGUCCCUUAACUCAUCGCUAUCUGUGUGCCUGUUGUUUUGGGGGCCAGGGAAACGGGGACAAAACAAACCUGUAAGUGUUAGGAAUAAAGUGCGAAUU